AUGUUCAUGCUUUGUGCCGCUAACCUCCCAUUCCCACCCGGUGCACAAACGCAGAAUAAAACGCCCAUCGUCCGCUCCCUUGGUUUCGCCAACUGUUUAUUGGCUUCAUAUAAUAAGAUACCGGAGCGGGAGCUGAUUGAGGACUGCUCUUUGGAAUUUGGUCUUGAUUUCGGCGCUCUCAAUGUCUACGUCAGUCGCCAGGUAGACGAGGACGACGAUCCAGAUGGAGUCAGCGGCCUGCGCUACUGA